AUGCCCGCGCCAGACGACAAGGACAUGGACAAGAGCAAGAAGACGAGCAUGGAGUCCUCAAAGAAAUCGCAAACCACCCCGCAGAGCUAUACGGCCUCCCUCCUCGCCGACAAGGAUGCGAGGGCGUUUAUGAAGAAGUACCGAACGGAGAUUGCGGCCUCCACGUCCUCACUACUAUCCACUUUUGCGGCAUUUCCACUCGACUUCACCAAAUCGCGUAUGCAAAGCUACGAGACGACUUUCGUACACACAGUAAAAGAUGCCUACAGAGCUGAAGGGAUAAGGGCCUUUUGGCGAGGAGUCGGGCCACCUUUGGCGAGUGUGACGCUGGUACGGACCGUCAGCUUCAGCAUCUAUCAACGCGCCAAGUACGCCUACGAUCGGAGCCUCAAAAGCAUGUUCGGCCAAAGCCCACUGGAGCUGGCAAACGCGCCAGGAAGCUACCCGUCCCUCCUCACAAUCGCCUGCUUCGCGCCUGCAGGUGCAACAGCAGGAGCAUUCAUCACUACCAUGUCAUGUCCGUUCGAGCUGACGAAGCUUAACGAGCAGCUGGCCGGCAAAGAGGCUCGUCAGGGUCCGUCGCCGACAGAGCCAGUUCGAACGGGUGCGUGGGUGACUGCGAGACGCAUGGUGCGGGAUCGCGGGUUCAUGGGGCUGUACGCUGGGUACCGGCUGCAUUUGCUACGCGAUACGAUUGGGACGGCGAUCUACUUCACGACGUACGAGAGCGCGAAGCAGUUGAUGGCGAAUGCGCAGGGAAAGAGUCCGACGAGUCCUUACGCGGUAUUGCUUGCGGGAGGGUUGUGUGGGAUUAUCUACCCUAUCGACGUGGCGAAAACGCUGUACCAGAAAGCCCUCCUCUCGGCAGGCUCGGGAUAUGCGGCACGGCCGAAGAUCAGAGUGCUCUCAGCGGGCUCGUACAGAGGAACCACGGCUGACGAGAGUGGAUUAGGUCUCGGCGUGUCGGUAAUGCGCUCCUGCAUGAUCAACGCAAUCUUCUUCAGCAACUUUGAGAUGAUCAAGAAGCGCAUCAACGCUGUCGAAAUCUGA